GCACUUUAUUACACGCCAGCAUGAAACUAGUCAUUGUGCCAAUUCUUUUGGCCUUAGCUUCGAACGGGGUAUAUGGUGUAUCUGUCGAAAACUACGAUGCAAGUAAUGACCAUCACAGUGAAGGACUUCAAAAUUACGGUUACGGAGAUGGCCAAAAUCUUGGAAAUGCCGGAUACAAUGGCCAAGAACAAGGAGGAUAUCAAUCGAACGACAUAGGCAACCACCAAGCACUGAUAUCAGAGUCUGCACUAGGUCAUCAAGGAGGAGCAUAUGGUGAUGGAGGACACCUUCCCCAAUGGCAAGGAGGAUUUCAAGCUAGUCAAGGCAUUGGAGAAGAAGGACAAUAUCACUCAGCUAUAGCAGACCAUUCACAGGAUGCUGCUGGUCAGUUAUCAGCAUAUGGUGCUGACCAUGGACUGAACUAUGGAGGCCAUGAAUUCAACUCUGACAGCCACGGGUUGAAUCUAGAUGGACAUGAUUAUAGCGGUGGGGAUGAUUACGUUGAUCUCAAACCCAAGAUACAAUUUGAACAUCAUCAUAUUCCCACCAAGACUAUCGAGAAGACUGAGGUUGAGCAUAUUCCAGUUGUGAAAAAAAUUGGAGUACCGGUACCACAUCCUGUAGGAGUACCAACUCCACAGGUAAUCAAGGUUCCAGUACCACAACCCUAUGCUGUUCAUGUUCCGGUGCCUCAUCCAAUAGAAGUUCCAAUCUACAAGUUGGUGCCACAAGAAAUUGAGAAGAAAGUCCCUAUUGAGGUAGAGAAGUUAGUGCCAGUUUACGUUGAAAAACCAUUCAAAAUUGAAAUAGAAAAGCAUCAUGUUGAAUACGUAGACAAGCCGUAUCCUGUCCACAUACCAGUUUACAAGCACAUUUACCACCACGUUCCCAAACAUGGAAGUGGUGGACACAGUGAGGGGCAUUGA